GCUUUGAUCAAUUUUCGAUCGCCGCCGCACGCCGCCGCCUUGACGGCGGCUCUCGACUCCAUCACUAUUGCCGUCAACCACUGUGAAUCUGCUCAUCUUCACAGCGUCCGACCCCGAUUCCGGCGACACCAUCUUCGGCUGCAAUUGUCUCGUCGCCGAUCAAAGCCUGCUCAUCGUCACCACAUCAUCAUCGUUCACAGCUUCACGCCCCGCUCUGCGACCAUGGAGCUCCCAGAACACGGCGAAGAGACCACCGCUGGACAAAGGCUUCGAACAACCUAUCCGCCGGAAAAAUCGAAAAUUGAUCACGGCGAUGUCGCGGUGGCAGAGGCGGCAAAUCUCGUGGUGAUUCUGGCGGCAACAGGACAGUCGGCGGCCAGAUUCAUGGAGAUUCCGCGCGUGGCUCAAUGUUGGAUGCAGGGACCGUCGGAGAUGAUGGCAGCGGAGGCGACGGGAGUGUUGGCGGCGGCGGCGACGGGAGUGUUGGCGUGGUCUGUUAUUGCCCGGCGCCGGUGGGCUCAGUUC